CGAGCAUCAUGGCACGACAUCCUGAUUUCCUCCGCACCUACCGAUGCUCGCUUGACAUCAGAUAAAAACUUCUCAUCUCUCCUUGAUCCGACCGUGCCAUUGCGGCGUCCUCCACCACGGCUUCGUCAGGCUCCGAUCGAGAGCAUAGCGGACCGCGAAAGCUAGAGAUCCGAUCAAGGCAGAACAGAUCCAAUACCACAACCAUGACCGACCAACUCAAGCAAGCUCACGCCAAUGUUCAAGAGAAGGCUUCAAAUGCUACAGAAGGCACGCCUGUCAAUGGCAUUCAGAAGAAAGCAGAAGCAGGAACGGACAAGGUUCUGAGCACGGUAGAUGGCCUGGCGAGCAAGAUAUUCGCAAAAGGCAAGAGUGUAAUAGAUGGCAUAUUCCCACCUGAAAAGCGUGCGGCUUUCAUCGCUAGGCUGCAGGACUUCAUGCUCCGCAAUCCCAAGUUGUCGGCUUUCCUUGGCAUGAACCUCGCCCUGACUGGCAUACCCUUGGGUCUGUUCGUCCUUUUCAGCUUGUCGGUGUUCAUCUUCGCUCUGGUAGUGGCUCUCAUCGUCGGCCUGCUCGCGGCAGUCCUUUUCACAGUGGCCAUGGUCGGCAUCGCAUUGUUCUUCGUGCUGCCCACAGUGAUGUUCACCACCGGAGCCGCAUGUUUCCUAUUCCUGUGGGGUCUAGGAGGCUACUACAUCCUCAAAUGGGCCAAUGGGGAUAGCAAAGGCGAACCGAAACAGGCACCUGCUGGAGAAGCGAUUGGGGAUAAACUCGACAGGCUUACUGGCGGACGAUUAAGUGGUUUCAUGGACAGCGCGCGAUCGCAAAAUGCAAAGAAGGAUAUUUUCGGCUACAACGAUCAGCACACCAAGCCUGCCGCCCCUUCGAAAGCUCAGAAGGGCCAGGAUCUGCAAAAGCAGAUCACGGAAGCUACUACCACAGCCACAGAGGCGAACGACACAGUAUCCAACGCAGCGACGCCAGUCGCCUAUGCGAAAGGCGGGCUGAAAGGCUCUACUGGUCUGGGUAUCUAGUGUGUCUGAGUCUGGCUAAAGGGGACAGUCCUAGUACCAUGCUGAUAGCUUUUGAGCGACUGCAAUUCAGUAAAUGUAAAGUUAUCGAAGGAUGUGCCAGUAACGACGCAGAGCGUCUACGAAACUGCAAGUGACCGACUGCCCACGCCUUGUGGUCCUUCCAAUCCAGGCACUGGCGCCUAGAAUCAUAGAGUAGACACGGCAUAGAUUGUUGCGGUGAUAUUCAGACAUCAGCAGGCCAUUCACAACGCAGCAAAGCAGGUGCCAAUCACUAUUCACAGCGGUUGCGAAUACAGCUCAAGUUACUUAGGAAAAAUGUAACCCUUCAAAUUCGCCCCUU